AUAGCCAAGAACUUCAAAGAAUGCUUAGAGGCAUCUUUCACAUUUGCCUCUUGGCCUCAUUUCUUCUUCUACCGUUCUCCUCCGCCGUACACCAUAGUGGCUUCACUGGUGGAACCGAUGCUCCUCCUCCGUGGGAUCAUAAUGUUACCCCACCACCAGAAACCGCACCAUCCCCAACCCCCACCUCGAGUUCCCCUACCGCUUCACCGCCAUCUCCCGGACCGGUGGCUCCACCGGCUCCUUCUAAUAACGGCUCUGUCUCCGGCGACAUGACAUGGUGGUGCAACAAGACUCCACACGCUGAGACAUGCAAUUACUACUUCAGGAAGAGCUCACAGAAUAACAUCAACCGACCACCAAGGUUCCGGUCCGAGUUCUUACGAAUGCUUGUCAAGAUAGCACUUGACCAAGCCGUGAUUACACACAGUCAAACUGUUAAGUUCGGACCAAGCUGCACCAACAACCAAAGGAAGGCCGCUUGGUCAGACUGCGUACACCUCUUCCAAAACACAGUGGCUCAGCUGAACCGAACGCUCAAGGGACUUAACCCGGCGGCGUUAAAUGAUGUCAAGUGUACGGACUUCGACGCACAAACAUGGCUCAGCACGGCUCAGACCAACAUCGAGACAUGCCGUUCCGGAUCCGAGGAUCUUAACGUCUCAGAUUUCGUCAUGCCGGCGAUCUCCAACAAGAACUUGUCAGAUUUAAUUGGAAACUGCUUGGCCGUCAAUGGAGUUCUCAUGAAGCAACAUAAUCAUACGACUGCAAACCACAAAGAAUACUUCCCAAGCUGGGUCUCAAGACACGAGAGACGUUUGAUCGUAUCAGCCUCUUUAGCGAAAUCGAGGCCACACCUAGUGGUAUCACUAGACAGGUCCGGCCAUUUCCGGUCAAUACAAGCUGCCAUAAACUUCGCAGCAAGAAGGAGAUACAAGUCAAGAUUUGUCAUAUAUGUGAAGAAAGGUGUUUACAGAGAGAACAUCGAUGUUGGCAACGAUAACCACAACAUCAUGCUCGUCGGCGACGGUGAGAGAAAAACAAUCGUCACCAGUGGCCGAAGCGUCCAGCACGGUUACACCACCUAUAACUCUGCAACCGCCGGCUUUGGAGGCCAAAGGUUUGUAGCAAAAGACAUGACAUUCAUCAACACGGCAGGGCCAUUACGCGGCCAAGCUGUGGCGGUUCGAUCAUCCUCUGACCUCUCUGUUUUCUACCGAGUCGGUAUCCAUGGAUUCCAAGACACUCUCUACAUCCACUCACAACGUCAGUUCUUUAGAGAGUGUUACAUCUCAGGCACCAUCGACUUCAUCUUUGGAAAUGCAGCUGUUGUGUUUCAAAACUGCAUGAUUGUUGUCCGAAGACCCCUCCAUGGCCAAGCCAACAUUAUAACCGCUCAAGGUCGGGGUGACCCUUUCCAGAACACAGGCAUAACCAUCCAUAGCUCAAGGAUAAUCGCGGCUUCUGAUUUGAGGCCUGUGAUUCGAUCGUACAAGACUUAUUUAGGCCGACCGUGGCAAGCUUAUUCGCGCGUCACAAUCAUGAAGACCUACAUAGAUAACUCGAUCAGUCCCUUGGGAUGGUCUCCUUGGUUAAGAGGAUCCAAUUUUGCUCUCAAUACUGUUUUCUAUGGAGAGUACAAAAAUUUUGGGCCGGGGUCUUCCACAAGAUGGCGGGUCCGUUGGAAAGGAUUCCACGCCAUAACGAGCACCGCAGUUGCUUCUCGGUUUACCGUCGGAAGCCUUAUCGCCGGCGGUUCAUGGUUGCCAGCCACUGGCGUGCCUUUCAAGUCAGGGUUGUGAGGAGAGUCACCUUGUCCUGUAUACCAAAGACUAAACAAUGUGUUGUGUGAAUGUGAUCUUUGUUUAUUUAUUACUGAUUUAUUUAUCUCUUUUUUUUUAUUACAUUAUUUUCAACCAAAAACAUUCUAAUUAUAGAGACAUUGGUCUACAACAUAUCUGA